CCGCCCCUUUUUAAUCGCGAUUGGCAUAAAGAGCGCAACGAGGGGAAGUGGGCGGGGCCUUCCCGGCAGUGGGCGGGGCCGCGUCGCUCUGCGGAAGGAGGGAGGGAGCGGCGCGGCGCAUGCGCGGGACCCGUCUCGGCGCCUCCCUCAGGCUUCCGGCCAGCGGAGGCGAGCGAGCCCGGGCUUCGGCGAGGCCUUGCCCCGACCCGGAGGGCUCCGCGGGGGCUCGGCUCCCUUCUCCGCCGCCUGGCGAGGCCUCGAGGCCCGCGCGCCCGCCUCAGGCCUGCCCCGGGCCUCCGCCAUGGCGGACCCGCUCGCCCACAUCCAGGCCGGGUUCGGAAGCGCAGCCAUGGACGACCUCCUGCCAUUGAUUUUUCAACAGAACUGGGACCCCGCUCCCAGCAGCACCCCCUUCGUGGAGAUCAUGGAGCAGCCCAAGCAGCGCGGCAUGCGCUUCCGCUACCAGUGCGAGGGGCGCCUGGCGGGCUCCAUCCCGGGAGAGCGGAGUACCGAGACCACCAAGACCCACCCCACCAUCAAGAUCCAUAACUACGUGGGUCCAGGGAAAGUCCGCAUCUCGCUUGUGACCAAAGAGACGCCGUACCGGCCCCAUCCGCACGACUUGGUGGGAAAAGACUGCAAAGAGGGCUACUACGAGGCCGAGCUCUCCCCAGAACGCUCCAUCCACAGCUUCCAGAACCUGGGGAUCCAGUGCGUGCGGAAACGAGACCUGGACAAAGCGGUGGCCAAGCGGAUCGAAACCGGCAACAAUCCGUUCAAUGUGUCUGUCGAGGAGCUCAAAGGAGACUAUGACCUGAAUGCGGUCCGGCUCUGCUUCCAGGUCUGGAUCCGGGACGCGGGCAGCGGGCACUUGGUCCAGCUGCCUCUGGUCGUCUCGCAGCCCAUCUACGACAACCGUGCUCCCAACACCGCGGAGCUGAAGAUCUGCCGGGUGAACCGUAAUUCGGGGAGCUGCCGGGGGGGAGACGAGAUCUUCCUCCUUUGUGACAAAGUGCAGAAAGAGGACAUUGAGGUCCGCUUCUUCAAGGACUCCUGGGAGGCCAAGGGCUCCUUCUCCCAGGCGGACGUCCACCGCCAAGUGGCCAUCGUCUUCAAGACCCCGCCCUACCUGGACCAAGCCCUGCGGGAGCCCGUCACCAUCCAGAUGCAGCUGCGGCGCCCCUCCGACAAGGAGGUCAGCGGCCCCAUGGAGUUCCGGUACCUGCCCGAUGAAGGCGACUCCCAUCGGAUUGAGGAGAAGCGUAAACGGACGCUCAGCACCUUCAAGACCUUUGUGCAGAAGGCUCCCUUUGCAGCUCCUGAACCUCGCUCCUGGCGCCGCAUCGCUGUUCCAAAACAGAACUUGGCCCGGCCCGGAACCAGCGGCAUCCCGGGGAUGAUGGGCGCAGCAGGACCGGCCCCGCUGCUGGCCCAGAAGUCGCAGAGCCUGGCGCAGCCCCCUCCGGGCUACUUCGCGGGGCCCGGCCACGCCCCGCCGGCUCCCGCCCCGGCCGCUGCGCAGGCGAACUUCAGCACGGUGAACCUGGAGGACCUCUCUGGCCUGGGCGUGGCCCAGCCGGUGCAGCCGCCCGCGGCGGAGGCCGAGAGCAGCAUCGCGGACGCCUUCCUGCACCUGCACUUCGAGGGCGGGGACGCGGGGGCCAUGGAGCUGGGCGGGAUCCUGGACGACGUGCCCUACGCCAGCCUGGAGGGCAUCAACACGGCCGAGUUCCGGCAGCUCCUGACCGAGGGCCCGGCCCCCGCGGCGGCCACGGCGCUCCCCGACGGCCAGGGCACCCUCCUCACCUACCCGGAGUCCAUCACCCGCCUGGUCAGCCAGCGCAGGGCCGAGGGGGAGCCCGGGGGCGGCGGGGACGCCGGAGGAGGAGGAGGGGGGGGCGGAGGCAACAACGGCGGCAGCGCCAACAACAGCGCCACCAACAGCUUCAUCAACGGCCUCUUGGGCGCCCUGCCCGGCGAGGACGGCUUCUCGUCCAUGGUGGACAUGGACCUGAACUCGAUUCUGAGCCAGCUGAACUCGUAAGCGCAUCCGCCAGCCGCCCUCCUGGGACUGCCUCCUGCUCCGGUCUAGACUGACAAGGCAGCACCUCUGCUUCCUGGCAUGAGGCGGCUCACGUGACCUUCCGUGGAGGAAGUGGACUCGACUGAAAGUAGGUCAUUGCGACACCUGACAAUCUGUGUGUGCGUACGGAAGCCUGAGACCGUUCGGCACCCCAAAGUCCUUAACCCAACGUGUCCUUCCAAAGGAAAAUACCUGGUGGUGAUGGGAGGGGUGCCCUUCCCUUGCGCCUUCUCGAACCCACUGCCUUGCCUCUUUUGAAGCCAUCUGCAUGUACAUAUAGAGAUAGUAUUUUGGCGACUGGGCGGAUCCCCAUGCCUUUGAGAAACAUCAGUUCUUUUACAUAUAGAGAGAGUAUUUUGGGGACUGGGCGGAUCCCCAUGCCUUUGAGAAACAUCAACCAUGGGUGAACCUUGUAUCAAUUCUUUUACUGCUACCACAGUUAUUUGCGGUUGUGUUUUGGUUAGACCGCUACCUUUUUUGUGCCUUAAAAUGUUAUCGGAAAACAGGACGUGCCUGAUGCUGCGAUACGGGCUGAGCCGUCCUUAGACCAAGAAGGGUGUUGGGUUUUGGAAUUUUUGCAAUUCCAUCGGAAUAUAACUUACAGGUGCCACCCGAGACUAGACCCGAAACUCGUUCAUGUUUCCUAUACACCGGAAGUAAUUGGCAUAUACUGAACUGACCCAGAGCAAAGGUGUCUCUGUCUCAGAUAAUUUGGAUAAUUUUUGUCCCUCUGGAUAAGGGAUGCUCAGCCUGUUUGUUGCUUUGCACUCAUCCCAAGCCUGCUGCAGCGAAGGUAGUUCUGCAGCUGGGCAAAAGAAACUUCUCUAUAUCUGUCACUUAAAAUAAAUCUUUCUAGAUAUUUUGGGCUGUCAGCAUCGUCCCCUGCUAGUUGGGGAUAAUAGGUCCCAAGUGCCAGUGGAAGGGUCUAGACCAGGCAUGGGCAAACUUGGGCCCUCCAGGUGUUUUGGACUUCAAGUCCCACAAUUCCUAACAGCCUACCGGCAUCCAAAACACCUGGAGGGCCCAAGUUUGCCCAUGCCUGGUCUAGAUUAAACAUGGCUACCCUCCAGCCUUUAUCAGUGCCUUGUUUUUUUUUAUACUCAGCUGCAUUUUUAAAGCACGUGGAGGGGUUGAAGAUGCUUUAACCACUUAAUACUGUUACUAUCAGAACUGUAUUCUCUUCCAACUGCAAACCUUUCCUUUUUUUUUUUUUGUAUUGAAAACCGGCCACAUUGUGCUUUGCCUUCUCUGUCUCCUAUAGCACAUUCCUAAUAAAACCUGAAGCCUCA